GUUGCAAAACAUUCUAUAGAAAAAGUUUCAUUAAUUCGUGUUCUAUUCUGUAAAACGUCAGCGAAAUAAUAUGUAAAAUAAUGUUAUAAAUAAGUUAUGAUUAAAAUAAAGAAAAUAAAUUAUAAAAUUUACUAUAUGAGAUUAAAAAAAAUAGAAGUGAUAGAAAAGUUUAAACUUGAUAAAAAAUUUAAAUAUGUAUAAUGUGAAUAAAAUUAGGAAUAAGGAUACAUUAGCAGUCCUGUUGUGCAGUGCGUUACUUUGAAAUAACUGUCUUAUGCCUAUAUCAUAGAACCUGCAAUAUGUCAAUUUUUUACAAAUGAAUAUGAAUCACAUUAAAUAAGUAAAAAAAUUAAAACUACAAUAAUUGAAUUACAAUUGAUUUUACUGUUUAUUGUAUUAUUUAUGAACAACUAGAAAAUUAAAUUAACAUUCGAAAAUUUCAUAAAGUUGUAAUACUCGUAUAUUGUAUUAAGUGAUUUUAAGUAUAGUUUUAAAAAUAAAAAAGUAAAUCUUAGAUUUUAUAUGAAGUAUACAUUCAUAUAUACAUAUAUAUAUAUGCAUCUCUCUUUCGAAUGUGCUGAUCGAUUACAAUAUGUUUUUAAUACAACAUUGAAUGGGGAAUAGCUUGUGUAUAUAUAUAUCAUACAUCAAAUUUUAAUACUGCAAAAAUUAAAAAAAAAAGCAAUAGUAGCAAAUAUACGAAGAAAAAUAUUUUUUUUUUCAAAAAGCCAAUAUUAAUGCACGUCAGGUUAAGUGAAAGUGGAAAAACAGAAAAUUUUGAACGAAUUGGAGAGAAGUCGCGUAUUAGCGUUACGGCAGUUUUUUCAAAACUAAUCAAUGGCAUACCGGUAACAACUAUGUUUUCCAGAUUUAAAAGCAGUCCUACUGUUCCACAUAAUUCAAUUGAAAGUAAUCCAAUAACUUUGCAUUUUGAAAUUGGUAAACAAAGUGCUUGUGCCGGGCCGGAAUGCAUUUGGAAAAUUCAUGAUGCCUAUAGAAAAAGUGAUGGCAAGGAGUGUUCGGUGUUUCUUUUUGAGAAGAAAAAUGCUGAAAAACUGCAUAAACCGAAGCGGAAAGGAUCAGUUAUAGAGCUAUUGAAAACAUCCAUUAAACAACUAGAAAGGUUUAAGCAUCCGAAAAUACUACAAAUUAUUCAUCCAGUGGAAGAAAGUGCAGAGACAUUAGCUUUUGCUGCUGAACCUAUAAUAGCUUGUUUAGCUAAUGUGUUAACAUAUCAGGAAGCAGAAAGUAAUUCAUCAUUAGUGUUGAACACCCAGAACACUGAAUCACAACAAAGUACAACGCAGUCAGCUUCAAAUUUGCAGAAGGGUUUCUUUAUGAAAGAGUACAAUUUUCUUGAUAUUGAAAUAAAAUAUGGGAUAUUACAGAUAACAGAAGCUCUUUCAUAUCUUCAUUAUUCUGGUCACGUUGUACAUCGAAAUGUUUGUCCAUCUUCAAUCCUUAUAACCAAUAAAGGAACUUGGAAAUUAGGUGGUUUGGAAUUUAUAGAAAAACUCAAUGAAACUGAUAUUGGAAUUUCAAUCGAUUGCCCACCGUGGAGCUCCAGGAUUUCAAAAAUGAUGCAGCCGAAUCUAGAUUAUUUAGCGCCUGAAAUUCAACUUCAUUCAACAGUAAGCAUUUUAUCAGAUAUGUAUUCAUUAGGUAUGGUAAUUUGCGCAAUUUUUAAUAAUGGUAGAUCUUUAAUACAAGCAAAUAACUCUACUUCAAAUUAUCUAAAGCAAUUAGAAAUGUUGGACACAGCGGUCUAUAAUAUUUCAACUAAAAUUCCAAUACCACUUCAAGAAGCAACAACACGUUUAAUAAGUAAAAACCCAACACAACGUCCAACCGCUCAAUUAUUGCAACUAAUAAAAUAUUUUAAUGAUUCCGCUGUUCAUGCCCUGCAGUUUUUGGAUGUAAUCAACAUGAAGGACCCCACACAAAAAACUCAUUUUUACAGAACAACUUUGAGAGAUGUUUUACCAUUAAUACCAAGGGUAAUAUUAUAUAAAUAG